CCACAGAAUGCAUUCUCUUGGCUGCAAUGGCUUAUGAUCGCUACAUGGCCAUCUACAACCCACUUCUGUAUUCAGUGAGCAUGUCUCCCAGAGUCUACAUGUCACUCAUUACUGCGUCCUUUGUCGGUGGCACUUUAACUGCUACUAUACACACAGUGGCCACGUUCAGCCUGUCCUUCUGUGGAUCCAAUGAAAUUAGACAUUUCUUUUGUGAUAUCCCUCCUCUCCUUGAUAUUUCUUGUUCUGACACUCACAUAAACCAGCUUCUACUCUUCUCCUUUGCUGGCUCUUUUGAGAUAGUCACUAUACUUAUUGUUCUGAUCUCCUAUGGUUUCAUUUUGGUGGCCAUUCUUAAGAUGCACUCUGCUGAAGGGAAGCAAAAAAUCUUCUCUACAUGUGGCUCUCACCUAACUGGAGUGUCAAUUUAUCAUGGGACUCUCCUCUUCAUGUAUGUGAGACCAAGUUCCAAGUACACUAUGGAGUAUGACAUGAUAGUGUCAAUAUUUUACACCAUUGUGGUUCCCAUGCUGAAUCCUCUCAUUUACAGUUUGAGGAACAAAGAUGUAAAAGAGGCAGUGAAAAGAUGGUUUGAUAGAAAUUGGCUUAUGAAUAAAGUGAAUUUUCAUUACUGA